AUGAGGAGAGGCAAGGAGGACGACGAAGUUGAACAGUUGCUUCAAGCUGCUCAAGACGAGAUGAUUCUCAAACUCUCCGUUGAUUCUCAUACUUCUAGCUCCAAACCCGAUUACCUCGAUCCCGAUCUCCACUCCAGAUUUCUCGCUCUCCGAUCUAAGCCCUCGCAGUCGCAGAAGAAGAAGAAGGAUCAGCACCUAGAGAAACGACGGCCGAGAUCUCCGCCGAAAUCAAACGAUGCUGAGGAAACCCCAGACGAUCUGAUGCUUAGAUUCGCGGCUCUGAAGAGUUCUCUCCCCUCCUCGUCGUCCUCCUCUGUUUCGCCGUCAGUUAUUCCUCCGUGUGAAAUCGGAGAAGAUGCUGAUGAAAUCGGAGAAGAUGCUGAAGUGGAGAAGCUGAUCCAGUGGGCGAUAGACGCCGCCCGUCUCGAUCCUUCUCCUCCCUCUGAUGAUGAUGAUGACAACCGGAGUUCUGAUAAAGAUGAUGACAACGGGAGCUCUGAUAACGAUGAUGACAAUGGUUCAACGAGAAAUGUCAAACACUAA